AUGCGCCACUUGACGAAGCGCCAGGUUCUAUGGAGCUGUCGUAAAACUGUCCUGAAAGCAGCUGAGGUUGUAGUAGUGGCUGAGGUUGUAGUGGUGGCUCUGGAGGGGUUAGCAUUUGAGGUUGUAGGAGUGGCUGAGGUUGUAGUGGUGGCUCUGGAGGGGUUAGCACUUCAGAUUGUAGGAGUGGCUGAGGUUGUAGUAGUGGCUUUGGAGGGGCUAGCCCUUGAGAUUGUAGGAGUGGCUGAGGUUGUAGUGGUGGCUCUGGAGGGGCUAGCACUUGAGAUUGUAGGAGUGGCUGAGGUUGUAGUGGUGGCUCUGGAGGGGCUAGCACUUGAGAUUGUAGGAGUGGCUGAGGUUGCAGUGGUGGCUCUGGAGGGGUUGGUGGCUGAUCGAAAAGUUCGUGGGUCUCUUUUGAAGACUCGUCGAAAUACGUAA